ACGUCGUUUGAGCGAACACAUGAGCUUAUAUGACUACGGUGGUAUCAGGAGUCACUUUUCUUUAUCACGGAAUCACUGACAGUAUUGAAGUGGAGCCGUCUUUCUGAUCGCAUCGGACGCAAACCUGUCCUCAUGAUCGGUUUAUUUGGAGUUGGCAUCUCAAUGCUUUGCUUCGGACUCUCGACCUCCUUCUGGACUCUUGUCAUCAGCCGUUGUGUCUGUGGAAUGCUGAAUGGCAAUAGCGGAGUCAUGAGAAGUAUGAUGGGCGAACUCACGGAUUCGACCAACAUGGCGCAAGGAUUUGCUCUCAUACCUAUCACAUGGUGCUUUGGGAGUUUCUUAGGUUUUGUUAUGGGGGGAAUGCUAGCCCGCCCUCAAGACCGUUGGCCAAAUGUCUUUGCUGGACCAUUCUGGGCAAAAUAUCCGUAUUUCUUGCCCUGUGCUGUUGCUGCGUCAGUUGUUUCCGCGUCGUUCAUGUUCGUAUUUCUCCUGGAAGAGACAUUAGAGACCAAGCGCAAGCGCCAUAUACCUAGCGAAACCACAGGCGAUCAACUUUCGGAAGAAUAUAGGAGUAAUGGAUCGCACUCGGAGAAUAUGGCCAACGUCCCUCUGCGUUCGCUUCUCAUUCGUAGCAUCAUAAUUCCCAUCGUAAAUCAAGUUUGUCUUGCGUUUCUCGACAUCUGCAUCUUCGCUCUCAUGCCCCUGUUUUAUUCCACCCCCAACUACCUCGGCGGACUAGGAUUUGCACCCCAAGCGGUUGGGUUAUGGAUGGCGCUAUUCGGCAUUAUCGACGGUUUAUUCCAGGCGCUGUUCUUCGCCAAAAUCUUUGACUGGCUAGGUCCUAAACGCACCUUCUACAUCGGUAUAUCGUGUUUUAUACCCAUCAUGAUCACAUUUCCAGUAAUGUCAUGGCUCGUCUUCUCCGGAGGCGUUGAUUACAUGGUCUCGAUUGCACUACUGUGUCACCUUCUUCUCAUAGUGAUAUGGGACAUGUCUCUAGCGAGUAUAUUCAUGUUUAUCACCGCAUCAGCACCUACGAAAAAUGUUCUGGGUGCAAUCAAUGGCAUGGCUCAGAUGACACAGUCAAUCGCACGCGCAGUCGGUCCCAUGUUCGCCUCAUCUAUUUUCGCGUUCUCGAAGGAUCACAAUAUUCUGGGUGGUCACGCGGUAUAUGUUGUUCUGUGUAUACCUGCGGUUGGGAUGUUGUGGUUGGCGUCUUACCUACCCGAGGAAUUGCAGAAUAGGGAUGAUGAGUGAAAUUUUGCCUCGCGAGUAAUUCAUAUAGUAGAAGAUGAAUGAACUAGUAUAUGGUUGUGCCCUCAGCAAACCUCGCAUGCAGUCAUCCACGAAUGUACAUGAAUGAUACAAGAUGGAUAAAAACGAGCGCCCAUUGGUAAUGCAAGGAGGAACAAAUUCCUCGAAAGCGUCUUCCUGUUAGUUAGUAAGUCGAGUCAAUGCGGCAUG